AUGACUACUUCAGACAGCAGCUGGCCUGGAGUGCAGGCUGUAACAAAUCACAGUGUCAUACUGCCCCAGAAUGUCUCUGGAUCUUUAAAUUUCACUAAGUGUACGAUGGAUGAAAAAUUACUUUCCAGUGUGUUGACAGUAUUUUAUUCUGUUAUUUUCAUUGUGGGACUGGUUGGGAACAUAACUGCCCUGUAUGUAUUUCUGAGUAUCCACCGCAAAAGAAAUUCCAUUCAGAUAUACCUUCUUAAUGUAGCCAUCGCAGACCUCUUACUUAUCUUCUGCCUCCCUUUUCGGAUUAUGUAUCACAUAAACCAAAACAAGUGGACACUAGGUGUGAUUCUUUGUAAGGUUGUGGGAACACUAUUUUAUAUGAACAUGUACAUUAGCAUUAUUUUGCUUGGAUUCAUCAGUUUGGAUCGUUACAUAAAAAUCAAUCGGUCUAUACAACAACGAAAGGUAAUAACAACUAGACAAAGUAUUUAUAUUUGUGGUACAGUAUGGGCAAUUGCUCUUGUUGGAUUUUUAACCAUGAUUACUUUAAUACUUAAGAAAGGAGAUCAUAGUUCCACAAUGUGUUUCCAUUACAGAGAUAAGCGAGAUGCAAUAGGAGAAGCCAUUUUUAACUUUGUCCUUGUAGUCAUGUUUUGGCUAAUUUUCCUACUAAUAAUCCUUUCAUAUAUUAAGAUAGGUAAGAAUUUGUUAAGAAUUUCUAAAAGGAGAUCAAAAUUUCCAAAUUCUGGUAAAUAUGCCACUACAGCUCGCAAUUCCUUUAUUGUACUGAUCAUUUUUACUAUCUGUUUUGUUCCCUAUCACAUCUUUCGAUUCGUCUAUAUUUCUUCACAGAUAAAAGAGUCACCUUGCUAUUGGAAGGAAACUGUUCACAAAAUCAAUGAGGUCAUGCUGGUUUUAUCAUCUUUCAAUAGCUGCUUAGAUCCGGUCAUGUAUUUCCUAAUGUCCAGUAACAUCCGCAAAAUAAUGUGCCAACUUCUUUCUAGACGGUUUCAAGGAGAUGCGAGCAGGAGUGAAAGCACUUCAGAAUUUAAAGCAGGAUACUCAUUGCAUGAGACAUCUGCCUCAACUAAAGUUCAGCCUACUUUGUAAAGCACGUGCA